UACCUACGCAUGAAUGUGUCGCGGAAAACACCUAGGAAGGCAAUAUAUCUACAACUGUCUCCAAUUGCCAGCUCCGAGUGAAUCCUAUAAUGUCACCGUAGCUUACCUACCUGUACUCGGCAUUCUGCGCGCAGGAUGACUACCUAGGUACGCUGCUAUGCCACACGCAGGCGUCCGACUCUCCGUGAGCAAAUAGUUAGGGUACAUUAUCUGCCUAUCAUAUCUAAACCUGGAAGUUAUCCCGGAGAUCAAGUCAGCGCCACUGCCGUGUAGCACUGCUAUGGAGGUUGAAAACUACAGCACAAAAAUAGGUUUUCGCCAUAGCCUCCAAGUGUGUCUUACAUCGACCGUUGGCUAGGUACUGGUUAGGAGGUCGGCAGAUAAAAGAAUGAAAUUAUAUUCUCUAACCCGCUUCUUUACCACUUUCUUAAGCUCCUGCGCUAAGACUAACAUAGCACGAUGUCGGACACCGCGGAGCCACUUCCGGCCUGGAUCUAUGAGAACAAGCAAGGCGUCAUCAUCGGAGUCACAACAUUACUUAGCGUGCUUGCUAUCGUCGCGGUCAUCCUUCGCUUUAAAUGUCGAUUUCUAGCACAGGCCAGUAUUGCUCUUGACGAUUGGCUCAUUCUACUAGCCUUGCCAUUCUCCAUCGCAGAAGCUAUCUGUGUUGCAUACGCAACGAAGGACGGCUUGGGAAGACAUGUAAAGAUCAUCUCGAAACCCGCUCUCCUAGAAGGCGGCAAGCUGUUCUUUACUAUGCAAAUUGUUUGGGCUAUCUCUACAUCCCUCGUCAAGUUCUCUAUCCUCGUCUUCUAUCUACGCGUCUUCAGCGUCCUCAACUACAUUCGAUUUAGCGCAUGGUUCCUAAUCAUCACGGUCGCCUGCUGGAUGGUCAGCAAUGCAAUUGCCCGCGGUUUUCAGUGCACGCCAAUCUCCAAGGUCUGGGAUGAUUCGUUGCCGGGGCAUUGCUUAGAUACUGUAGCCCUAUUUGUUAUUGGCUCAGUCUCCGAUGUCGUGUUGGACUUCUUGAUUCUUGUCUUGCCUCUACCAGCAAUCGUCAGGUUGCAGAUGCCGCUUUCCAAGAAGAUCUUAGUCGCCAUUAUCUUCGCCCUUGGUGGCCUGUAUGUCUCACACCGUCUUUAAUCUUCGAUCUCUAUACUAGGUGCUAAUCUCUUCUGCGGAACCCACAGAACAUGUGUCCUUAGUCUUAUCCGCUACCUCGAGACCGAGAAUUCGAUCUAUAACCGGGAAGAUGUCACUUGGACUACCCGAUUUUCGUUAGUUUUAUCGGCUGCUGAGCCUUGCUUAGGCAUUCUAUGCGCCUGUCUCCCGGCAUUGCAACCGCUAAUGCAAGGUCUAAAAGAGGGGGCCCUGAAGCUGUCAUCGAUGGCUACCGCGCUCAUUCCAAAGAGUAACAAAGGUUCCAAUGCAUCUCAAGAGCCAUGGAAGGCAAGACUAUCUUAUCGGGAGCAACGCAUUGAGAUCCCUGACUGGUCGGAGGUGAACCUGCAAGAGACAUCAAGGAAUAGGCACUGGGCCGGUGACGUAUGAUGAUGUAUCUUUUGGAGUGGAUAUUAUGGUGAGGUAUCUACCUAGGUAUACAAGAGGUCAUGUUACAACUCAUGUAAGUUAGGAAACAGGGGUAUUGGAUAUUCCUUUAAUAGAAUUAUAGAAUUAAGGAC